AUGAUGUCUCAGUCUCUCAGAGCGUCGCGCUCGCUCUUCUCCCGCGUUGCUCGCCAGCAGGUUUCUUCUGCCUCUCGCCGCACCUUCCUGACCUCCGCCGUCCGUCAGGCCGACCCCGUUCAGGAGCUGUACCUCCGCGAGCUCCGCGCCUACAAGCCUACCCCCGUCAAGCCCGGUGACGCCGAGGCUCACGUCCAGAAGUUCUCCGUCCCUGCCGCCCCCCAGUCCCCCGAGGAGGCCAACCUCGCCAAUGAGCUGAAGUCCUACGAGAGCCAGGAGGUUGAGGUUGAGGGCCAGGCUGCCGCCGGCGAGGCCGCCCCCGCCCAGGAGAGCUGGUUCGAGGAGGAGCCCGAGGAGGAGGCUCGUGCCCACUAG